AUGUUUGGCAUGUUAUCCAUGGGAUCAAGCUGCUCUUUUCUCUACAUUAACAGUGUUUUGCUGUUCACCCUGAGGAGUAAGCAGGUGUUUUGUGAGACAUCCCGUUACAUCCUGCUGUACAACAUGCUCUUUGCAGACACUGUUCACAUGGCAUCAAACCUCCUGCUUUACUUUUUGGCUUCCUUACGGAUAAAAAUUACUUAUUACGCGUGUGGUGCCCUCGUCCUGCUCUCAGUUUUCACAGCCACAAUCUCCCCUCUCUCCCUGGCUGUGAUGUCACUUGAGAGAUAUGUGGCUGUAUGCUAUCCACUGAGACAUGCUACAAUCUUCAACAUGAGAAGCACAGGCAUGGCCAUUGCUCUGGUGUGGGGCUUCAGUUUUAUCCACAUCCUCAUUCGAGGUUUUAUGUUGUUAUAUUUGUUCACAAAACUCUCCCUAAAGCAGAUGGGUGACUUUUGCUCAAAAGAGGCCGUCUUUUUUGCACCAAUGUUUAAUGAUUUUGAAGAAGCUUACGCCAGCACUCUCUUUCUGUCAAUAGGUGUAGUAAUCAUCGCCUCCUACAUUGGUGUAGCACUCGUAGCCAGGUCUGUCUCAACAGACAAAGCCUCGGCCAGAAAGGCUCUUCAAACUCUCCUUCUUCACCUGAUUCAGCUAAGUCUGAUUCUCAUCUCCACCUUCAUCUCCACCAUCCUCAUAGCCAUUGCUAGAACAGUGGGGAGAUUAGUCCUAAUGCGUAUUUACAAUGCAUGCUUUGUGUGCUUGAAUAUUCUUCCAAGGUGUCUGAGUGCUCUCAUUUAUGGACUCAGGGAUCAAACUAUCAGAGCCAUCUUCAUGCAGAAUCUCUGCUGUCAUUUGAGAUGCUCAGUUUUCCUCAACAAGAACCAGUGA